AUGCAACUAAAUGCAACUAAAUGCAACCAAUGCUUGCUUUCUGGGACUUACCUCUUGGCAGUCUUACUGGUCUGCAUCGUGUUUCAGUCGGGCGCCCAGGAGAAGAAUUACACCGUGCGGGAGGAGUUACCGGAAAAUGUCCUCAUUGGCAAUUUGCUGAAGGAUCUCAAUCUGACCCUUGACCCCGAUGUGCCCCUUUCAUCUCCCCUUCAGUUCAAGCUUGUGUACAAGACUGGCGAUGUCCCCCUCGUCCGCGUGGAGGAGAAUACCGGAGAAAUAUUCACCACGGCCAACCGCAUUGAUCGGGAAAAGCUUUGCUCUGGCAUUUUUAGUGAGAACCGUUGUUUUUAUGAGGUGGAAGUUGCAGUUCUUCCUGAUGAGGUCUUCAGGCUGGUCAAGAUUCGAUUCCUGAUCGAGGAUAUAAAUGACAACGCUCCUCUUUUCCCCUCAACGGUCAUCAAUAUCUCCAUCCCCGAGAACACCGCGAUCAAUUCCCGCUAUUCUGUCCCAUCCGCUGUUGAUCCUGACAUUGGAGUGAAUGGCAUUCAACAUUAUGAACUCCUUAAGCCCAAAACAGCUCCGAAAAGGACUUUUGGAUCCAUUACAAAUGAACAGGGUCAAAAUGUAUUUGGACUUGAUAUAAUUGAAACACCUGAAGGAGACAAGUGGCCCCAGUUGAUAGUGCAACAAAUUCUUGACAGGGAGCAGAAGGACACCUAUGUGAUGAAGAUUAAAGUGGAAGAUGGUGGAAACCCUCCGAGAUCCAGCACGGCCAUUCUGCAAGUCACCGUCAUUGAUGUGAAUGACAACCGUCCGGUCUUCAAGGAGAAUGAUAUUGAAGUCAGCGUACCUGAAAAUGCACCUGUGGGCACCUCUGUUUCUCAACUCCAUGCCACCGAUGCCGACUUAGGGUCCAACGCCCAGAUUCACUUCUAUUUUAGCAGCCAGAUCUCCAGUUUGGCCAAAAGGCUGUUUGCCAUAGAUAACACGACUGGUCUUAUCACUGUCAAGGAGCCCUUGGAUCGGGAGGAAUCCCCAGUCCACAAAUUAACCGUUUUGGCAAGCGAUGGCAGUUCCACACCCUCCAGAGCUACCGUAACAGUGAACGUCACAGACAUUAACGAUAACAUUCCCUCAAUAGACACAAGAUACAUUAUCAACCCAGUGAACGGGACUGUGUUACUGUCUGAGAAAGCACCACUCAAUACUAAGAUUGCCCUGAUUACUGUAAUGGAUAAGGAUGCCGAUCUUAAUGGGAAGGUUACUUGCUUCACAGACCACGAUGUCCCCUUCAGGUUAAAGCCGGUGUUUGAUAACCAGUUUCUCCUGGAAACAGCCACCUUUCUAGACUACGAGGCCACCAGAGAAUAUGCCAUAAAAAUAGUGGCUUCUGACUCAGGAAAGCCACCCUUGAACCAAUCUGCGAUGCUGCUGAUCAAAAUCAAAGAUGAAAACGACAACGCCCCGGUGUUCACGCAGCCUGUGAUCGGGCUCUCCAUUCCCGAGAACAAUGCUCCUGGAACCCAGCUGACCAAGAUAAGUGCUACCGAUGCUGACAGUGGCCGCAAUGCUGAAAUCAGCUACAUGCUGGGAUUGGAUGCUCCCCCUAUUUUCAACCUGGAUCGCCGUACAGGCAUUCUGACAGCCGUGAGAAAGCUGGAUAGAGAAAAACAGGAUCGCUAUUCAUUCACCGUGCUGGCUAAAGACAACGGCAUGCCACCUUUGCAAACCAAUGCUACCGUGACUGUUUCUGUUUUGGACCAAAAUGACAACAGCCCUGCUUUCACACACAAUGAAUACAACUUCUAUGUGCCAGAAAAUCUACCCAUGUAUGGCACUGUUGGACUGAUCACUGUGACGGAUGCAGACUCUGGAGAAAAUGCAAUCGUGACCUUGUCUAUAUUAAAUGGCAAAGAUAAUUUCAUUAUCGAUCCUCUCACUGGAGUCAUAAGGCCUAAUAUUACAUUUGACAGGGAGCAGCAAGGAUCUUAUACGUUUCAGGUGAAAGCAGUGGACGGGGGCAGGCUACCACGCACCUCCACGGCUAAAGUGACUAUCAAUGUUGUGGAUGUGAACGACAACAGGCCUGUUUUUGUCAUUCCUUCCACCAACUACUCCUAUGACUUGGUUCCAAUGUCUGCCAGUCCUGGCUCAGUAGUGACAAAAGUGUUUGCUGUGGACAAUGAUACUGGAAUGAAUGCUGAGCUGCGUUACAGCAUUAUUGGCGGGAAUUCGCGAGGGUUGUUUAUGAUUGAUCAGUUAACGGGCAACGUCACUUUGAAGGAGAAAGUCAUCUCAGCAGAUCAUGGUUUGCACAGACUGGUGAUCAAAGUCAAUGAUUUAGGGCAGCCUGAAUCUCUAUAUACCAUUGCAUUAGUGCAUUUGUUUGUGAACGAAACAGUCACCAACGGAUCCUACGUCCAAGAGUUGGUGCGCCGAAACAUGGAAACUCCGGUUGGCCAAAACGUUGGGGAUGGAGACAUUACCCCACAAACCAAUGACUACGUCAAAAUCAUCAUUGCCAUUAUUGCAGGCACCAUGACGGUGAUACUGGUCAUUUUUGUGACAGCUCUGGUACGUUGCCGCCAAACCCCCAGGCACAAAGUGGUGCAGAAAAGCAAGCAGAGUGGCGAGUGGGUUUCCCCGAAUCAAGAAAACCGUCAGAUCAAGAAGAAGAAGAAAAAGAAGAAGCGGUCUCCCAAAAGUCUUCUUCUGAACUUUGUGACCAUUGAAGAAUCCAAGCCUGAUGAUCCUGGCCACGAACACAUUAAUGGCACCUUGGACAUUCCUGUAGAGCUAGAAGAACAGACUAUGGGAAAAUAUAACUGGGCCACCACACCCACCACCUUUAAACCUGACAGUCCAGAUUUAGCAAAACACUACAAGUCUGCCACUCCGCAGCCCACAUUUCAAAUUAAACCUGAGACUCCAGUGCCACCGAAGAAACACCAUGUCAUACAGGAGCUGCCUCUAGACAACACAUUUGUGGUGGGCUGUGACACCCUCUCCAAGUGUUCUUCCAGUAGCUCAGACCCCUACAGUGUCUCUGAAUGCAGCUGUCAAGGAGGAUUCAAGGCCCCUGGCUCUGUUCACACCAGACAGGAUGAAUAUCCUUCCAGUAACAUUGGGCAGACUUUAAUAAGAACUGAUGGAUGGGUUCCCUGUGUGAAGUUAGCUAUAAUUAGAAGUAUUCAGGAUCAGUCAGGCUACUACAAUUUGCAUCUGAAUGUGCAGGUAGAUUUUGAAAACAACAGCAAUAACAGAGAUUCUCAUAUAAUUAUAAAUAUUGCCAAACGGAAUCUCUAA